AUGCAACUAAGUGAUAGGGAAAAGGUUUCUUGUGUUGCACAUAAACUGAAAAAGGAUGCUAAGAUUUGGUGGGAAGUGGUUAAGCAGACUAGAGAAGUGAAUCAGAUGACUUGGGCAGAAUUUGAAUUGGUCUUCAAUGAAAAGGUUUAUAAUGAAGUUGUGUUGACUGCUAAAGUAAGUGAGUUCACUAGGUUACAACAAGGGAAUCUUUCAGUGGCUGAGUACGCCAGGACAUUUGACCAGUUAGCCAAGUUUGCACCAGACUUGAUUAACAUUGAAACUAGUAGAGUGAAUCGCUUCCUGGAGGGUCUGCAACCAGAAUUGGCUAGAGAUGUAGAUAUGGGACGUACAGGGCCUCUUUCUUAUGCUCAGGCUAUGGAGAAAGCUUUGAGAGCUGAACACAGAGAAGAAAAGAUAACAAAAGCUAAAGCUACUACAAGCAUGCCUCGUAGAGACACUCCAUUCAACAAAGAACAAAGCCGCUUUCCCAAUGACAACAAAAGAGGGGCCUAG